AUGUUGUUCGCGGUAAUGUUGCUUGCUGGUCUCGCCAAUGCGGCGCGCUACUGCUUCGAGGUCAACGAACAGCUCCCCGAGAAUCUUGUACUUCCAGAAUGCACUAAACCAUGUCUGGGGACGGAUACCUCUGUGCUCGACGGCGUCUGUGCAGAUAACCUUAAAGACAUCUGCGGGCUUGACGGAGGAGUGGCUUCCUACUUUCGGGUUUACACGGCGUGUCUGUCGAGAGAAUGUUCUGCAAUCGCGGAUCGCAAGGAAUUUGUGAAGAUAUUCCAGACACAGUGCGGAUGGUACCCCGACAUCACCGAUACUCAGGCACGGUAUUUCGGCGACUGGAAGAUCUAUCUCGUGGAUGGACGGAGCACUCAUUCUCAGGCCUCGAGCACCGUUAUACAGCGGAUUACAUCAUUCGUCACCGUCACUUCUCCCAGCACCUCUGAUGCAGAGUCGACGAGUACCAAAAUCGAAAGUAACACUACUUCUACCUCGGAAUUAUUCUUGGAACCAUCGUUCACUACGCAGACGGCCCCAGCCACAACGGCAGAUACUUCGACGUCUAUCCAGGACGACGAAAGCUCGCCAACCUUGCACACGAGUGCUUUCAGCGCUUCGAGCAGCUCCGCCUCUUCACUGCCUCUUGCUCAAGACGAGCCACAGUCAGCUCUUAGCACACCGGCCAUAGCAGGCGUAGCUAUAGGUGGCAUACUAGCUUUUGCGCUCAUCUGCGGUAUUGUAUUCUUUUUUAUGCGUCGCUGCAAGCACGAUUCACGCCCGUUGUCGCCACCCGUCUACGAGCCCAGUAAUGGCAAGAUGGCACGCGAGAAGGCAGGCCUAGAUGAGCCGUACUCGAGCGUCGGCGUCGGCGGUCCAGUGGGAUUUGCUGAGUUGGAUGGUAGAUCGCCAGCCAGUCCAGUGGUGGAGCCGGUGCAUCUGAGCAUGAGCAAGAGGAGGGUAACAGUUGCGCAAAACUUCUGA